AUGCCCCGUCAAUUUCAAUCUCAUAUCCUACCCUUCUCUGUAACCCGUUCUACAACAGCUUCAACAUUCCUCCACGAGCUCUUCCACCUCGAUCUUGCAGCGGAUUCGGUACAAGGUACCCCGAAUCCAAAGGUUCGCGACCUCAAAAUUAGUUACUUCUUCGUCAACACGGAUGGAAACUGGGAUUUGACGCCGCUACACAAAGCAUACGGUUCAAUGAGGGCCAAGAUCAUGGCUCGCUUCGUACCGAUAGCCUGGGACAAACCUACCGGCUACUUUGUACAACGCAACGACGAUAAUCUGGGACGCUUCGCGCUCUCUAAGUACGUCGAGUCUCAGAUCGGGGCCUACCCAUUUCUGCCACAAAUAUACCAAAACAUCCACGACAUUCAGGAACCUGGCCCCCGUCCCGACUCCAUCGGCGUCUCCUGGCUGGAGGAUCAGGAGAAGGGCGUUGUGCUGAAUUUCACUUCCGUAGCAGAUGCAAUCGCUUUCACCGACGAUGGAGAGAACUGCUCUGAUGACGACGAUGAGCAGGACCCGGUAGAAGACAGCUUCAAGCCCAGGGCACCACACCCGGAUUCAUCAUACCCUGAGUGGUACCACGACGCUCAGAAGAAGUGGUUCGACACUAUCGAGCAGGCCUCCCCCGCUGGCAAUUUGAAUGCCAAUAUCCAUGCUAGUAGCAUGCGUUUGGAUUGGUGUGUGGUUGACCAAGACUGCGGUUUCAAACUUUUGUAA